ACACCCCUGGGAUACAGUGAUCAAAGCUGCUAUGAGGAAGUAUCCCAACCCAAUGAAUCCAUGUGUGGUAGGGGUAGAUGUCCUGGACAGAAGCCUUGAUAACCAGGGGAGGUUGCACAGUCACCGUCUUCUCAGCACAGAGUGGGGAUUGCCAAGUAUUGUAAAAGCGAUUUUAGGAACAAGCAGAACUUUGACUUACAUCGAGGAACAUUCUGUGGUAGAUCCAGUGGAAAAAAAGAUGGAGCUUUGCUCAACUAAUAUUACUCUCACAAACUUGGUGUCUGUUGAUGAGAGACUGGUUUACACACCUCAUCCAGAAAACCCUGAUAAAACUGUGCUAACUCAAGAAGCAAUUAUUACUGUUAAAGGCAUUAGCUUGAGCAGUUAUCUGGAAAGCUUAAUGGCAAACACAAUAUCUUCUAAUGCCAGAAAG